CGUGACAUUCUUUAUCGCCAUCUUGACCGAAUGGAGCAAAUCCGAAAAUUUCAGAAAAUGUCAAAGAUGAUUUUCCAAUUAUGGUAAGAUGUCCUGGAACAUGACUGUCCACUGUUGUCUAUGGAUAGUGCAGGAUCCAUGAUGUAACUCCUCUCUGAGAGAACGGAUAGACUUAGAUCUGAAUCUAGAAUCUUCUCGACAUGAUCUCAUGUUGUCACUGAUCUUUAGGAAUCCAUCAUGUCUGAAGGUUGUCCAGUGUCUCUUGUACCUGUGACCAGAAUGGAAACCGUUGCCACCCAUGGAUCUGAAAGCCUUGUUGUCAAGGACAACACAGUACCAUCUAGAUCUGCUCCUGUUAUAACUAUUGUAGCAUCAUCUCCCUUAAACACAGAUAACCUUGAUAAGGAUGCUAUACCCUGUGUGAUCAUUGAACAUGUUGGGACAGUUCCACCAUCAUCAAGUCCAGGACAGGCUCAUUUAUCUGAUGCUGUCCAUAAGUGUGAUGAGUGUGAUUACUCCAGCCACAAUAAGCACUACCUGAAGCAGCACAUUGACCUGGUUCAUAAUCCUGAACGUCCAUACAAGUGUCCAUUUUGCGAUUAUGCUGGGAAACGUAGUCACUCAUUACGUGAGCAUUUAGUCGUCCAUACCAAUGAGAGACCUUAUGAAUGUGAACAUUGCAAUGCCUCAUUCAGGAAAAAAGGGCAUCUCACAAAUCAUAUCAAACUACACACAACCCAGAAAUUGAUUAAGUGUAGUUUGUGUUCAGUGUAUUUGGCUGAUCAAGAUUCUUUUGAAAAACAUCUCAAGGAUACCCACAAUACUGACAGAAUCUAUGCUUGUGAACUUUGCGACUUUGUUGCAGGCGAUCAAAGUCUGAUUGUGAAACACAUCCAGUCUCAUGACAAGGUGUUCAAGUGUAGUGAAUGCUCCUUUGUAACAGCAGAUAUUAACAAGCUCGCCUCGCAUGCUGACACUCAUAUAUUGAAACCACUUCACUCCGAAAAGUCAGUUUCUUCUUUGCCCUCAACAACUCAACCUCCAAGAACCCAAGCAAGACCUCCGCUACCUCCGGGAACAGCUCCUAAAGCGGAGCAGGGCAAGCAUGUCAUGAUCAAGUGCACUGAAUGUGGAUUUACUGCUCCAGAUGCAGACACCAUGAAGACACACAUGUGGUCACACAUCAAGACUGAGGCACAGGUAGAAAAGAAGCCUGAUGUUGCAAAACUAGUUGAAAAAACAUCAAAGAUUGGCCAAUCUGCUCCUAAAGAGAUACGAGUCAUUGAAGCUACCCUCCCAGACAAUGCAGCUUACAAGUGUACAGAAUGCAGCUUUGUCCACAAGGAAGCAACAGUGUUUAUCAAACACAUGCUGACUCACAGAGUGAAGCCAUCUGUGAAAGUGGACCAAGAAAAGCCACAACAACAGCAGCAGCAGCAACAACAACAACAACAACCACCUCAGCAGCAGCCACAGCCACCUGCAGAACUGAAGGCGGAUCAGACAUUUCUGGUUGCUCCAGUAACGAAAGAAAAUACAUGCAAGAACUCUGAGAAUACCCCUUUCACACAUGACCCAUCCACAGGUCGAUUCAAGUGCAUCAUCUGUGGCUACACUUGUGAGUAUCAGCGAACAAUCAAAGCUCAUAUCUGGAAACACUCUGGAAACCAGGCCAUUGACUACCCCAUGUUUCAGAAUGGUCCUCUCAGUAUGUAUGAUGACAUACCAACACCAAAAGUACCUCCCCAGUCAUCUUCUGGAGGUACUGAAGAUGCAGAGACUCAGGAAGAUGGGAAUGUCUCAACUCCUCUUGGUGACUUCACUGUACAGAAGACUACUACAGAAUCUCAACAGACCCCAGCUCAGACUGCUGCACCGGUUACCCAUGUUUUUAGAUCUGUCAGUGACAACACUAUCACGAAUAUCAAACUUGUUAAAACUGACAUUGCUCCUAAGACAGUUGCAGGAGGAACUGCAAUUUGCCAGAUGCAAACCAUUGAUGGUAAAACACUGGCCUUAGUUAGAGAGACUCCUCAGAAAACUACUUCUGUAAUAAACAUCCCUUCAUCAAGCAAAGUACCACAGAUGAAAGAAUCUGUUCCAAUUGCACAUGUUGGAAAUGAAGAAACUGUCACUACUUCAGAGUUGAAUCUAGUUGAAACAUCUAACAGUCCAGAAAGAAGACUGGUUAUCGCAGGUGUGACAUUAGCUGGAUCAAAAAACACUAGUCCUUCCAAAGCAUCAUCCAAAUUGCCCAAACCCUCUAUCUUAGCCAAGAGUAAAUCUCCAUCCAGUGAACAAGGUUCACCAUCAACACUGAGUAAAGAGUCUUCUGAAUCUCCUUCAGCUGGUGCAAAGCUUGGCCCAGAGAAACCCAUUCAGAGAGAUGAUACAAAUAUACUGCAAGUAGCCAAGAGGAUCUGUUUCGAUAAAGAGGUCGAAGAGUCGAAGACGGAGGAGGUUAGUGUGGUAGUUGAAUCAGUUGACUCAGUUCCCUCUGCUUCUGGAUUUACUGGCAUGAAGAGUCAACAGAACAGUCCUCGUGUGGCGGAACAGUGCCAGCAUGAUGAAUGGACAGAUCCUGCAGGGUCACCUGAAACUGUUCCAGUAAGUCAGAACAAUUCUCCUUCUAUGGUAACAAGAGCUCGCACGCGACACGCUGCUAAGGUUGAAAAGGAUAAAGCCAAAGAGAGGUUGGAAGCAGUUCAAGCCAAAAAGUUAUCCCAGUUGGAGAAGAUGACUGUUAAAGAAGAAAGUGUUUCAAAGGGACCUUUAACCAGGGCUAAAAAGCACAGUGAAGAAGCUGUCACACUUUUGUCCUUGCUGAAGAAGGGUCCCAACCGCAACCCAGUGUGUGCUCUUCAAGCUGGUGAGGAAGAAAAUAUUGUGAAGCCAAGUAACGAUUCAUCUGAGGUUGAUAGUGACACAGAAUCUGAUGAUGAAGUUGUUUCAGAAGAUUUGUCCAGCGAGUCUGCAAAACCUAAAACAGGCAUUUGUUCCUCUCUCCUUGCUGUCAUUGAACAGCUGAGAGAACGGUCAAAGUCUGAGAGCGAAACUGAUGAAGCUGCUAAGAACUUGCCAGGCAGACGUCAAUCAAGACGCAGGAGUAGGAGGGAAUCAAAUGAAGAUGAACUCAAUGUUGACCCUAUUGAGAACAUGGAGAAGAUUGAGGAAGAUGGAGAAACUAAAUACAGAUGUAAGCUUUGUCAUUACAGCAACUCGAGAACACUUCUGAUCCGAUUACAUAUGCGUCUUCACAAGUCCAAGAAGCCCUUUGAAUGUUCCCUGUGUGACUUCAUUGCAGGUUCCAGUGAGUCUCUGCAGGAUCAUAUGAUUCGUCACUGUAAGAUGCGUACCUAUCCAUGCAAACUAUGCCCCUCCACCUUCAACUACAAGAGUCAGUUAAGAGCCCACAUGAGAGCUCACAGUGACAAGGACCCGUUGAUCUGUCACAUGUGUGACUUUGAAACUAAUGACCCAAUGGCUUACAGGAACCAUCUACGCUUCCAUGCUGAUCAGUAUUACCACAAAUGUGACCUUUGUAACAAACUGUUUGUUACCAAGCUGGAAUUGCGCUCUCACAAGCAGGAACUAUGUUACAAAGAUCAGCCUGAAAGCAUUGAAGAUUCGGAUGCCACUGAUUCGGACUAUGAAGUUCCAAAGGAUUUCUUCCCCAAGAAGGAAAAUCUCAAAUGUUCUCAGUGUGAAUUCACUACCACAAGUGUAGCUGUUUUUACAGAUCAUGCUCGCAUCCAUGAAGAAACUAAAACUCUGAAAUGUGAGAUGUGUGACUUUACUGCGGUGUCUAGUAGGAGUUUGAAAUCUCACAUGAAGCGUCACAUCAACGACCAGCGGUAUGUUCAGCAGCCCCUGGAACAGUACAAGUGUAAUCUCUGUGGCUAUGUCUGCCACCAUUUGCCCUCACUCAAGUCUCACAUGUGGAGGCAUGCCAGCGACAGAAACUACAGCUACGAGUUCACCAACGAUGUCAUCAAUGCCGCCAUUGACUAUGACUGUCGUAUUGACAGCAGCAACACCAGCGACCCCGACAUGUUGGAAAAGAUUCUCAUCUCAGAAAAGAAAAUACUCGAAGGGAGAUUAAAUAACUCUAUGGGACCUGAUGGCCGCCAACCUGUCUGCUGGGUGGUAUUUAAAUGCUGUCAGUGUGGUUUUGAAACUAUCAACAAGGCACAACUUAACGUUCACAUGAGGUCACACUCAGACAUUAUACAACGCACCCUGGAGGUGAGCCAAGGACUGGUUCGACAUGCUCCAGGGGGCAAGAGAUCUGCUGGGGACACACUGCUGAAGGGAGAUAACCCGCCAAGUAAAAUAGUCAAAACUCAGGACCAUGGCUGAUCUUGUUGCUACUGAUAUCUAUUCUGUGCUUGUUUGGGGGAAAAUACUCACCUCAUCUAAUGGACACAUUUUUCUGUUUGUUGAUUUAUGUGUGAAAUUAUAUGUGAUUCCUACUGAAAUUACAUUUGUCAAAAUGAAUAAAUAUAUUUUUGUUUUUUGACGCACAAACCUAGAGCAUGUGGUUGAAAUACAAAACUUAAUGGAAAUAUAGUUUAAUAAACAUGUUUUUUAAAUGAAUUUAAGGAUAAAUAUGAAAAAUAUACACAUGUAAAAGUAUAAAUAUAUGUUGUUUAAUAUUUAAUUUUGGGUGGUUGGAACUAAAUCCAUGAUCAGGUAAACAGGUACCUAACUCACAGCAUUAUCAUUGAUGUCACAUCCAGUCUGAAACCUGUAAGUGACCUGUCUGCUGUGUCCAUUAGUUGAGGUAUUUCCAGAUCCUACAACACAAAGACGUCCUGCAGAUGCUUGUUGGAAACAAACUGUUGUGUUGAGCAGUGUUUCAGUACUACCUUUGCACUGCUGCAGUAAAAGGCUUUAGGAAAACCCUCAAACUCUCAGUUAACCAAAGAUACUGCCUACCCUGUUUUCCCGCUGGUGGAGGGUCUGAUCCUGAAGCCUUUUACAGCUUGUGCUGAUGGUGGUUCUCAUGUAAAUGUUUCUUACCUGCAGCUGAGUGUGGCCAUGAUUUGUAUAUUUUUACAAUUCUGAAGUAUGACCUAUCUGAAAGUGAAAAAUAGGUACUUAGAAGGUUCCUUGUUUGAUUCAUCUGUACAAAAUCAAGAUUUAUCUUGAUGGCUAAAGAAGUUACUGUUUUGUGUUUUUGUUAGAAAACUGCAAAAAAAGAAUAGGCUUGUAGCUGUGGGUGAUAUGAUGCCCGACUAUAUUUUUCAGAACCAACAAAAAGUUUAUACGUGCCCAAUAUUUCUUACACACUAAUAUUGUCAUGCACAAGACUAUGAAUAAGAAUUAUGUUUUUCAGUUUCUAGUCAUAUGAAGAAUUAAUAGUGCACAAUGCACAUUUGUUUUGCAAUAAUGUUCUCAUAACAUUUAUGGUGUCCCUUGCCGUGAUUUUGCUGGAAUAUUACUAAAUGCGACGUAAAACCAAACUCACUCACUCAUAACAUUUAGUUCACAGGGUAGGUCCCAAAUCAUCCUGAUACGGUUAUUUCAUCAGGGCAUAGAACCUGUUUUAGUCACUGUGUGGUAUGUACAUAGUAUCAAUGUACCCUGUAUCUGAUAAUGCCAGGCCACGAGUCCUUGGUGCCAGAAAUGGUACAACUUUGUGUCUUGUGCCUAUGUUAUUGACAUUGUUAAAUUUUAAGUGUUUUGGUGUAAAUUCUUUAUACAGUUCAAUAAUUUGUGCACUUAUGCAAAUUUCAAGAUCUCCUUUUUCUCAUCUCUCAUGACCUUGUAUAAUAUUCAUAAUAUUUAAUUGUUGAUGAUCUGGAGUUGUCACUGCUAGUGCUUCCUUUACCUGUGGAGUAUCAUUGUUUUGCUUUUAGAAUUUCAGUACCAUGUGUUUGUGUGUAUUCCACUGAUCAUGUUGAAGUACUAAUGGGUUUUUCUCAGUGUUUGGGUCAUGGGUUUCUUGUCUAAGAUGUUUAGUUGAAAUAACACAAGUUUGUAUUUUGUAUCUGUGCAUGUGCGAGAGUGAAUAGGCAGUAUCAUUCAUGAGUAGAACAUGGUAGCAAGUGCGAGGAUUUGUUUUAUGCUGUACUUUCGUGGAAAGCCAUCAAACAUGGACUUCAAGGUUUAAUAUGCAGUCUGUUUUCAGUUUUGUGUUCACAUGAAACAAGCCGACUCAUGUGCAGACCAAGUAAAACUUUCUAAGUGGUUGGUGACAUGCAUCAUUCAAAUCAGUUGUUUCUUCUUUUGUGUUUGUUUUUUUUGUUUUUAGAUAUCAGUGAUUUGUCGUUCAAAUCAAAGGUAAUGCGGAUCAUGUCCAAGAAUUGCCUUUAAAAUGUUUGAAAACAUUUUCUUCUCAUCUCAGAUUUUCUUAACCCUGUUUUAAUGAUCACAAUGGUCAUUGACAUGCAUGCAGGGU